AUGGCCUCGGAUUCGACUGCAAGCAGUCGCGUUUCCUUGAUUUCCCUCGAUCCUGCUGUUGCCUCCCAUAUCACCGCCACCACGGUCCCAUCCACUUCGCAAUAUGGCUCUAGUCCGAGAAAGAGUACAAAUACUCCCGAAACCGAGGGCACUCGCCGUCACAUGAGAAACAAUUCCGCUCCCAACACCUCGGACAAGAAACGUUCCAAUUCCUUGCGUCGCGUCAAGAACAGUACCGAGAUCCUCAGACAACGCUCUACAAAGUCAGCUAGAAGACAAAAGCAGCAGGACCUGGCAUCAGACACAAGAGGAGGUCGAAACUUUACUGUUGGCAAUGUCGGUACUGGUGGCAUCCUCUAUCUUACACCCUCAGCUUUUCAAACCCCAGGCCUGCAUUCGAUCAGUCCCAUAUCGCCGGCUACUGUGACAACGCCUGUAACUGCUCCAGCGUUAUUAGGUCACGAAACCCUCCAAAAGGCUUUGCAGACUGUGUCGGAUGAUUCCUCCCAAGCCCGCUCGACCUCUCCCAAGCGGUCGGUUCGCGCGAGUAACAGAAGGGUCGCUGCUCCGAAUCAUGCAAGGUCGCAGUCGUUUUCCACUGUCGAAGAUCACCGACACUCUUUGUCGGCCGCGGUGCAAUCCAGAACCUUGAGGAUCGUGAUCAAUCGCCCAGACACCGCCCGACCAGAUACCGCAAAGGAGUCCAUCGAAGAGCUCAAUGAGGAGCUCUCUCCAACACUCGAAGUUCCCAUCCCUCACUAUCGCAUUGGUACCUUUCGCUUCAGUAACCAAGGCACUCCAGUUCUGCGUAAUUCUGCUUUCACCAGAACGUCUGUUACUCCGUCAGAUGCAACACCAACUGCAACCACCGCUCGUUUCGAUAACUACUUCCAAGGCCCUCCUGCCUCGAGUCUCAAGGCAUUCGCCAGACUCGGCGCGGCCCAUUUGGGAGCUAAUGAUGACCUGACAGCAUCAAUCCAACAUGAUCAAUCUGAUUAUGGAACAGCGACAAACCCUGAGUCGACAACUUCCGUUCAGCCCGCCGCCUUCGAUCAACUCACCCGAAUAUACGAUGAUCCUUCCGUCGUUCGUUAUUGUCAGAACGUCAGGGAGAUCACGGCAGCAACCCCAGCAAGAAUAAUUGCCCAGAUUUCCUCGGACUCUUUCAUGGACUAUGAGUUAGUCUCGGACUUUUUUCUCACCUUCCGCUCGUACAUGACGACGUACACCGUUCUUGAUCUUCUCCUCGCGCGCCUUCGGUGGGCUAUCGGUCGAUUAGAAGACGAUGGGAGAAUCAUUCGGGUGCGCACAUUUGCUGCUUUGCGACAUUGGAUCCUCAACUACUUCAUGGACGAUUUCUUUGUUGAUCUUCGUCUCAGAGAGAGAUUCUGCUUCGAAGUCAACCGGCUGUAUGCCGAUGUUAAAGCCAGUCCAGAAAAUGGAUAUAGUGACCUCAAACUUUUGCGUGAUUUGAAGCGCUGCUGGAAUGGACGAUGUUCACUCUGUUGGGAUCCUGAAGGAUUCGAGCUUGAUGGCAAUCAGGAGGAAGACCUGCUACCAGGAGGGCCUAUAGACAUGCAGCCUACUCCCCGACCACGGACGGCUGUGCGUCCAAUUCACCCACCUGCGGAAAUUCCCCGGCCAGAUAUUUUGCGAGGGCCUUCCCACAGCUGGUUUGAGGUCGAUAAGACCGUUGGUGGGUUCCAUGAUCGCCAGCACUCAAGCAAUUCAGACCAGAUUCCACCUUCACUUGGAAGUGAUGGCAGUUUGCAGGCAAAUUCAUGUUUUCCACCCAAGGUCUUUUUGCGCCCUAAUCCAGAGGGUAGCGGCAACACGAAGGGGCCACACCCGGUGUCAGUACAGCAUCGUAGAAAGAAUGCUCCGGCCAAUUUGCAGGUCAACACACAUUCAGGCAUUGGCACCAAGUCGUCUGGCCACAAGCGAGGCGCGAGCUCGAUUGAUAGUAAUCGCGAGUCAACCCCCAGGAAACCCGAGGCAGAGGAACCAGAUAUUGUGGGUGAAGAGGGGAACAUCAUCCGUGGGCUCUUAUACAGUCCCAGCGCCCCUUUUGUACAAAUUGUUUCCACCACUUCGACCCAAUCCCUUGACCGAAACGAGGUUGAAGGUAUGCGCGAAGGGCCAAGAAGGGCGCACGGGACGCAAUCUGCCACGCAACCGACGGGCAGAAACAUCUUUGGUUCCUUGCGUAAGGUGUUGGGGAACAAGCACACCCAACUUGAUAUGGCAGUGCUCACUGCAUCACACUCGGUACAAGACGUACCCAUUCGCAGCCACAAGACAAACGUGCCCCUGCAUAUAUCCAAGUCCCAUGACGAGCUGCGCAAUCAACCGCAGCUUCCAAACUCUCGGAAAGGAGAGGUUCGCAUUGAUCUUUUGUGUGCAGCAGUCUGCCAAAACUAUGAGAGCAAGUUCCCUUCAAAACAUCGCAUCACCUAUGGAGCCUUUUUCACAAGCAAUCCGCCAAUGGUACUAAAUGACGACCCUGAGGAUGGUUCAAGAACCCCACAACUCAAUAACCGUGCAACUGCCAGGACAGCUCAGAGUGGAUCUAUACUGAUUGUGGACGAUACGAGACCGGAUCUGCCAGCCAUGUCGGGCGCCCUUCGUCCAGAUACAGGUAACAUAAUUGGGCUCAAUCCAAACCCCGAUGCAAAUGCACUCUUCGAUGAUGAUGUCGUAAUGGUCCACGGAGCUCGCAGUGACAGUAUCGAUGCGGUUGCGACACAGAGAAGUUCUGAUGUUCUGGGACUGGUGAUGAAUGUGCCUUCCGCAGAUGGGAGUACCGAUACACUCGAGCAAUUCGGUGCUGAUGCUUCCUUUUCUGGUGGGCAGUUUGACGGUAUGCAUAGGACACCAGAAGAGAGGGUCAAAACACCAACAACAGUCAGUUCUAGAACUGUUCGCGAGAACAACACAAGCCUUGAUCUACCUCGACCAGUGGACGGAAGCGUCUCUACUGAGCACCUCGCCUCAUCAACCGAAGAUCAGGACGUGGCUAGCACGAAAGAGGGAGGCAAAGACGCUGAAGAUAAGGAUAGAGCACCAGCUCACACCCUUAGAAGGCGACCCGGAGGUGAUCUCCGCCGUGUUGAGAAUGUCCAAGACCUCGACCAUGUUACCCACCAUGACUCUCUAGACACAAACAGUACUACGUCAGUUUCUCCUCACGACUCAUUACUCAUCAUGAGGACUGAUACGGGGCGGACCAUCAAGAGAGACCCGGAACCACCGAAAAAAACCGUGUCAAUGAUCAACACACAUUCCUCACAACACCUACGACCAUCAUUUGAGGCAGCUGUCGCCGAAUUUUCUGCUAUUCCAGAUGAUGACGAUGGUGGUUUAGAGGCAACAUUGAUGAAACUUGAAGGUCGUUACGAGAAGAAGUCCCCACCAAUGGAACAACAUCCAUUGGAUACAACUGGGAAAAGAAGAUCUCUUCCAGAUCUUAGGUCAAGUUCGCAUAUCGAUCUAAGAGAUCCAAGGCAAACAAGGCAAUCUUUCGAUGUCCAGGUCCGGGAAAUCACGACCGAGUUGAUGCCACACGGGUCUUUGGACGGACUUCACCAGGCGGAUUAUGCAGCAGAUCUGGGUGUCAAGCAACCGUCCUCGCGCCGCUCAUCUAUCUUUGGGUUACCCACUGGAUCUCUUACGGGCUCGGAAGUGUCAGACAGUUCCCUGCCUCUUCUAAAGCGUGAUACUGCCCAUGGAAGUACAGCUGGACCAAAACCCGUUGUUCCGGCUCCCAUUGCUCCCGGCUACUUCGCGCAAGAUCCUCCACAGCUGUUCCAUUUACCAAAGGGACCUCCGCCUAGCGGGAACAAGAAUGCUCACCGUCAUAGCUUUUCACGCCCUGAUACUGCAAAUGACAGCGCUAGAUCCUUCCUCUUGGACGAAGAUGAGAACUUAUCUGAUCUAUCAUCUGAGAUCUCUGUGGACAUCAUCAAUUAUUCCGAAGUUGUUGACAGUUCCAUUGGACCAAUGCUUGCUGCCCCAGGCACUGCGAUAUCCGGUUUAGAAAUUCCAGCUCAUCCUCUGACAUAUGCCUCAGUGGUCAAUCUUAACAAUGUGGAACAGUCUGCCCGAGUAUCCGAUCCCGUACCGAAUGAGAUGAACAUAGGAAGCCAACAGGCGAAAAUGCACGCCCCUUUGGCAUCUCAUACGAGGGAGAAGCCCCCAUCUCAACCGAUGUCGCGCCUACCUGCUGGACCGGCACAUCUCCCCUUUGUCCUCGCAUGUGACUCUCAGGUUCUUGCACAGCAAAUGACCUUGGUUGAGAAGUCAGCCUUGUCAGAAGUUGAAUGGUCGGAUCUUGUUGAAAUGCGUUGGGAUAAUAAAGCUGCCGAAGUUCUUGACUGGGUAGAUUGCCUAACGCAAACACGAAUUCGAGGCAUCGACCUUGUGAUCACCCGGUUCAACCUUGUGGUCAAGUGGGCAAUGUCGGAAAUCAUCUUGACGCAGGAUAUCCAUGAACGUGCUCGUGUCAUCACCAAAUACAUCCACGUCGCUGCCCAUGCACGGAGGUUGCAUAAUUAUGCGACGAUGCUCCAGCUGACAAUUGCUCUGACCUCGACCGAUUGCACUCGGCUUACAAAGACAUGGGCAUUAGUCUCUCCGCCCGAUAUGUCACUUCUGAAGCAUAUGGAAGCGCUAGUUCAACCAGUUCGAAAUUUCCAUGAUCUUCGCCUGGAAAUGGAAUCAGCCGAUCUCAGUGAUGGCUGCAUUCCGUUUAUUGGGUUGUAUGUUCAUGAUCUAACAUACAAUGCGCAAAAGCCAUCACGUAUUCCUGGUGGCCAAGGACAGGACGAGCUGAUCAAUUUUGAGCGAUAUCGAACUUGUGCCAUUAUCGUCAAAGGGCUAUUGAGAUUCAUCGAUGCCGGUUCCAGGUAUAGCUUUGAUCCUAUUGAAGGUAUUAUUGAGCGAUGCCUGUGGCUGGCGGCCCUGCCCGACGAUCGCAUACGAAGUACGAGCAAGGCACUAGAGUUCUGA